CGCCGCCCAACACUCACUCUAUCACACCGCACACCAAUAAAUCAUGUGACAACGGAACACAGUGUAUAAGAGCAGUGGAUUCUUCAAACAAAUCAAACGCGCUCUCUACAAAUAGUAGAUUAUUUACGCAAUUGCGCAGAAUUGUGCUGUGAAUGAUCAAAAACCACACCAAAUUAAAGCAGAAAGAGGUUUAUCUUUGCCUGCAGUGAUUUUAAAACAUCAAACGAUAUUUUCGUGCAUUGUCAAGCCUCGUUUAUUGCCUGCUAUUUUCCAGCUAGUUUCUUAUUAUUAAACUUCUGUGAAAAGACAGAUAAAUGUUGGGCUUUAAAAAUCUCAAAAUUGUUUUAGUCACUUUACUUUGUACUUGAUCAGCAGUUGAACAACUCAUUAAUGUUUACAUGAUGGAGAGAACUAAAAUUGAUGAUCUCAAGGCAACUAUCUAUUGGUUAGCAGUAACAUAUCAACAAAAUUUUUAUGAACUUAGCAGUGAUUGGAACAGAUAUGAUCUUGAUCAGCAUGUAUAUCUAAAAAAAUACAUCGGUUAUGCUUUGUAUGGUCCACCAAAAAUUGAUGAAGACUGUAAAUAUCCUGAAAAUGAUGCUUAUACUUAUGAAAAACAAGCUAUGACUGUAAUAGAGUCAAUUUAUGAUCAAAUUGUUAUGCAUGGCACACAAUUAACUAAUGAAAAAGAGGUGCUAUGUACUGUAUUGUACAUUUGUAUUUAUGAUGAAACAUCAUUGAAUGAUUGUGAUGACUCCAAAUUGAAUGAACAUAUAUUUAUCCAUCCAAUUUUUAAAGUACAAAAAUGUAUAAAGAAAAAUGAUAAACUUACUUAUGAAAAUUGGUAUGUUGACACUGAGGCACGAUUUUAUAAAAGUUGGAAAAAAUUUUUGUACAACAAUAAUAUGCCAACUAAUAUGAUGAUAGUUCCGAAGGAUGGAUUUUAUCAAGGAAAUUUAAAAGAGACAUGGUUGGAAACGUCAUCUCCUGUAUGGGUUGAAUUACAUAAUAAUAAUAAAAGCAACCAAAUAAUAAAUGCUAUUGACCAUGCAAGUACUCUUGUCAACAUUGGAAGCGUUGGAAUUGCAGUUGCUGCUACAGUCAACCCUAUAACGACACCAAUUGCUGUAGCAGGCUGUGUUGGAGGAACACUAUCAGGAUUAUGGGGAGGUAGUAGAGCAGUAAAAGAAUUAGUAGAUAGAAGUAAUCAUGGACAGUCUAUCAGUAUUACUAAUAAGCAAGCAAUGCCAGUUUGGCUUAGAGUUGUAGGUAAUACUCUGGGCAUAGCUGCUAGCAGUGGAUCUACUCUGCUUUCUAAAGCAAUACAUACUGGAACUUCUAUUAGUAAAGGUGCUCAAAUCACCCAUGAUGCAAUUAUAAUCAGCAAUCUUUUUGUAAAUUCCAUUGGUGCAGGAUAUACCUUUAUGCAUCUAGUUCAACAGUAUAAACAAAACAGAGAAAUAUCCACCAAAGAUGUGUUCUUUUUGACUGCUCAUAUUUUAUUUAUUUGCAACUCUGUUGUAAAUAUGAGAUUUGCAUCAGAUAUUAUUAAAUCAGACCAAAAUCAAAUUUUGAAGAAUUAUGAAAAAAGUCUUCGUAGUGACAGACACAGAAAAGAAUUCCGUCGUUUGAUGAGAAAUACAGGAACCAAUAUAUCCGAUGAAGUUUCUAGAAAUGAACAAAUAAUCAGAUCCUUAACAAAAAUCAGCAAUAAAGAUGAAUUUUUUGCAACUAUGGUUCAAAAUCAUAAGCUCUUUGCUUCUACCAACACACAAUUGUCAUUUACUGAUGGCCAGAUCCAAAUAAAUGGUGUAUCUUUGGUGAGUCCUUCCACCCUUACUUCAAUGUCCCAGGAGAAUAUUGUAAGUUUGAUAAAUCAAGCAACAAAAGGGGAUCAAAAUACAAGCAAGCCUUCAACUUCUAAUAAUUCAUUUGUAUUGGCAAAGCCACUGAUAUCUGGAGUGACUUCCCUUCGCGAUUUUAGUGUUGAAAGAUUAGUGCCCCAAAACGAACCUAUACCAAACAACGUUAAUUUCAAGAACUAUAUACAAAAUAUGUCAAAGAAUUCAGAAAUUAACAAAAUGAUUCAAAACACGAUUAAAUCUAUUAUCAAGAAAAUAGGAACUAAGUCUUACACACGAGAAGAUUUGAAUGAAGAUAUUACGAAUUUCGUUUGGGAUCUGAUAAAAAUCAACUUUACUCUUUCUUUUCCGCAUGCUUCUAUACACUUGGAGCAGUGCCAAAAUUUGUUCAUGAAAGUUGUACGAGAGACUUGCAUGUAUAUUAGAAUCCGUGCGGACGAAUGGAUCAAUAUUUUUCAUAACUGGAAGUCAGAUUCAAGCAAAUUUGCCAAGGAAAUGGAGGGUGCUAAUUCCAAGUCUAAGAAUAACGAUUCACAACUAAUAUAUGAAGACAUGAUUAUAGUAGAUCCUUUAGAAAUUAUGGGUUUAUCACGUGACAUAUCAAAAAUACUUAUACGAGAAGCGUUGAAAUCGAGUGGCUCCAUGAUAAACGUAGAAAAACCAUUGUCCAUAGAAAUGAUCGAACUAUGUAAAACAGAAUUGAGUGAGUUCUUAUACAAAUGUCCAGUCUCCUUGGAUUGCAAUAUGACUGAUUUAACAAAAUAUUUAAGUGGUCUACUAAAUGAUAUACAAAUUUUCGCGAAAAAAGAUAUUAUAUUUUAUAAACUAGUCGUCAUUUCCAUGAAUAUUGCGCUAAAAGUCACAAAGAGUGAUACUUUGGAAAAGGAUAUUUUUGUAGACGUAAUGAAAUUCUUGUGGAUCCUAAUUAACAUCAAUUUCCAACAAAUUACACCACGCAUCAGUAUGUUCAAUCCUAAUAGCGAAGGGUAUUUGAUUAAUAUUAUUAUAGCAAUAUAUAGAUGUCAAUUAACUGAACCCGAAAAAUAUUUAUGUGCCUUCCACGAAUACAGAGCUAUACAUUAUAAGUAAUAAGCUAUAUAUCAUAAGUAUCAUGCAUAUAAUUAGCAUAAUAAGAUAUAAUAUCGUUUCACUAUAUUGUUUAUUAUUUUCAUAAGUCAUUAAAGUAGUUGUCAUUAAACGUUGUUAUGAUUACAUGAUAUGAUGCAUGUGAGGUAUAUCACAGCUCAAUGUAAAAUAUCAAAAAAUUUUAUAUAAAACUUAAUUAUUAAAUUUUAUUGAAUGAAGAAAAUCGAUGAGGUAUACCUAGGAUAAUUUCCUGGUAUGUCUAUUUUGUAAUCUGAUAUUAAAUGUACUUGUUCGAACUGAUUCUCAAAGAUUUUUUCACAUAUUUUUGAAGUAUAGGUUAAAAAGUCACAGCCAUCCAAUAUUUGCACAACUACUUCUGCAAGGCAGACAUCAAAUCUUCUACACUGUAAUAUAUCAACAAUAUUUUAAUAAAAUCUUCAAUAAUAUUAAAAACAAACGAGGCAGUAUUUCUUCGAAGUGAAAAUUCGAAGUAAUCAUGUAAUGAUAUAUAAACUUGUAGAAUAAUAAAGCCCUGACUUUUUUAAAGAA